GAUAACUUUAGAUCCGAUAAUACAUUUAAAUAAUUAUUUAUAUAUGUUCGGUUUAUUUCGAAAAAUCACUUAUUUACAUUUUAGAAAUUUAAAACAGUGAAUAAUUUGAUGAAUUUUUCAUCUGCGAAAUCACAAUUUUUUUUAUACACUUGUGUAGUUUGACUACUUUUGAUCAAUCGAUGGUAGGCAAUGAAAAGUUUGGAACUCCGUUUUAGUAAAUUUUUCAUGGAGAAAAAAUAAGAGUUUAAAAACAUGUAUUAAGCGAUACGGAUUUAUUUUCUAUAAUGUUUACUAUGUAGUCUGAUCCUUACUUAUUUAAAGAGUGGAUUUAUGUUACUACUUUCGAACGUCUCCUUUGAAUGCUAUGUUGAACUCAGAGACUGGAGUCAUGUGGUUUAAAAAGACUGAUGGAGUUACGGCAUUUUCAUAGCCUAUUGUGGAUAUAAUAAAUUUGUUUGUUUUAUUUUGAUCUAUCAAAAUGAGUUUUUGCAUUGAUAAAUAAGAUCGAAAUUCACAAAAGUAUUUUUCAGGAGUAUUAACUACAUUCAAAAUACACAUCCAAGACUUUUUGCAAUAGCCUAAUUUUGCCAGAAAAUAAUUUCUACUCAUAGCAGAUCGUUGCAGGAGGAAUAUUCUGUCAACAGUAUUUAAAGCCAGACAAAACAAAUACAUUAUCGAAAACUGGCUAUUUGAUGGACAAAUGGUGGAAUCAUUCUCCUAAACAGGACUCAUCUGUAGACAACUGGCAGAAAAGACAAGCACCAUAUGUUUCACCAGAUCAGGCUUUGGAUCCUGAUGCCAUGAAAGUAGCUUCAAAACAAACCGAACUACAAUCUUUGCUUCAGCAGAUUUAUCAAGCCGAAGCAGCAGUUAAGAUGGAAACCGGCGAAGUAACGAGAACUCAACAAGUUGCAGCCGAAGCAGAACAGGCCCUCGAGGAAGCUACCAAUAAAGUGAGACUAUUGAGUUCUGACUUGCAGGCAGCACAAGAGGCUGCAGCGCAAGCAGCAAUGAGAGCUCACACCGCACAGCUACAGCUAUCUGCGCAUGAUCAGCUCAUGUUCACUGCCAGGCAAAGAGUUGAUGCACUCUCAGCUCAGAUGGUGUCAGUCCAAGCUGAGCUAGCUGCUGCUCAACAAUUGUUUACACUCACCAAUUCAAGUCAACACUUGGAAGCACAAGCAAGAGCUGGUCAAAUCCCGUUCCUUGACAUGGAUUCAGCUGCAGGUUUUCCUCCAGAAGCAUAUCCUCCUCAAACAUACUUGCAAGAUCCAAAUUUUGUCCAAAGAUGGCCUCCUCCAAUGCCUCAAGUUAUACCUCCUUAUCAGUCAAAUUUGCCCUCUCCUGAUAUGGGACAGCGGCAUCAAAUACCAUAUCUCUACAGUUAGAUAUUUCUGAGCUUGAGAGUCAGUUUGAUAAGAUAGAUAAUUUUAUAUUACAUCGGUUGACUAAAAGGAUGUUCCUCAUGUAAAAAUGACAUCUCGUGAAAAAGAUGAAAUCUGGAAGCAGAGGAAGAGGAAUGCAGUAGAAUGUGAUUGUGGAUGAUUGAGAUUUUUAUUGAACUAACUUUUAAUAAAAGUGUGUUCUGGAAACGCCCAUUUUGAACUGAUAGAAUUUUGUUUAAAAUAUUAAAAAUACAUAUAAAUCGCCUCAUAUAAUUAAAUGACCCUGUAACACAUAUAUUUUUGGUAAUUUUU